UAUACUACUAUCACUGCGUCUACACCAUGAUGCCACCAUGAGCUCGACAAAUUUCGCCGCUGCUCAGGAGCGUGUUCUGGAGCGACGCCGUCUCCGCGAUGCUGAAGCUUACUCCAGGUUUGCGGGUCAGAAGCGAUCACCCUACAAUAGCUCAGCCACCUUCCAGAGACUCCCCUAUCCCGUGAAACGUCUGACCGGUUCUGGACAAGUGCUGUGGGAUUCAGUCAAGAGUCGCGAAGGGACCCGACCCGCCUUCCGUGUUGGCCAGGUCGAUGCGGAAUUACUGGAUGAGGAGCUCUUGCACUUGCUUAAGGGACAAGUUGGCGAGGCGUUGAAAUAUUUCGGGCCUCAAGCGCGUGAAGACUGGUCUCAUGAGAUCCAGCUGGCACUGCGCGCGAUUCUUUUUAAACUUUCCAUAUGGGACCACAAUGCCUCCUACGGUGCAGCCCUGCAGAAUCUGAGGUACACAGAUAGCCGCAGCAAGGGACCUGUCUACUCUCCACCUACCAAAUGGCAAAAGUCACUUUAUGGGUUAAUUACCGUCGGCGGUCGAUACGUCUGGGAUAAAUGGGAGAGCUGGCUGAUUAGCCAAGAAAGUGGCUAUGAAGAGCCCUCGCAGGAUGUACGGGUCAUGGCAUGGAUGACGGAUAUGGUUUCGUCGGCGCACUCGAUUGCAGCCUUUAUCUCCUUUCUGGUCUUCCUGGUGAAUGGCCGGUAUCGAACGCUAAUCGACCGCAUCCUCCGCAUCCGUCUCACUCCUCCAACUUCCCAGGCGAGUCGCGAGGUCUCUUUUGAAUAUCUCAAUCGCCAACUCGUUUGGCACGCAUUCACCGAAUUUCUCCUCUUCCUCCUUCCCCUUGUUGGCAUCAGCCGUUGGCGGAGAUGGCUGUCUAGAGCGUGGCGCAAGACGGUUUCCGCUCUCAAACCCAGUGAUGAAGACGAGGUCGAUGCGCGGGCAGAGAAACAGGGGGAACUGGCUUUCCUCCCUGAGCGCACCUGUGCGAUAUGCUACCAGGAACAGAACCCUGCUUCUUUCACCGAGAAGGAAGUCAUGGCCACCUCCGCGUCGGGAGGCAUAGUCGGUUCCGCUCAGACGGACAUCACAAACCCUUAUGAGACGAUUCCUUGCGGCUGUGUUUACUGUUUUGUCUGUAUUGUGCAGAAGCUGGAAGGGGAGGAGGGUGAAGGUUGGGUCUGUCUCCGUUGCGGCGAGCUCGUCACCAAGUGCAAGCCGUGGGACGGUGACGUACUGGAAGAUACUCGCAUGUCGUCAAAUACGGGCAAGGUUGUCGGGUUUGCCGUCGACGAAGAGCAUGCUGCGGAUGCAGAUACGGCUGAACCUGAAAAGACAUCGGAUACUGCAGCGGAAAGCCCUAGUCCGCUGGAGGAAAUCACCAAAGACGAAUCUCUAUACCACUCGAGUGAGUGGUCUAACAUGCAGAGGGAAUCAGACGAUGAAUCUGGUUGA